AUGAUUCAAAACCAUCAAACGCUUCAUCAUCUAUCGUGUUCGGGGAUUGCUCCAGAUGCUUUCUCUCAUUGUCUCGUCGGAAAUGGUGGUGGUGGUGGGAUUUUAGUUCUAGGCUAUGAUAGAACUACCAAUGAUUGGGAUAACUACUCAAGAUAUGUGGAUCCUGAUGGAGUUGAUUUAUCUCAUGGUGUUUAUGGUCAUGGUUAUGCACCAUAUGGACCUUAUUCUCCUACUGGCUCACCUAUGCCAACAGUAGGUCAAUAUGGUGAACUCUAUAGGGCCCAACAUUACUACUAA